UUUCAAUCUUUAGUUUUCACUUCUAUAAAAAACAUUGAGUCCUUUAUUUACAGAAAAAUUGAAAAAUAUUUGUUUAUGUUCUACACCGUCGUAUUUUUGGUUACCGGAGUGUUAGUGAUGGCUUGGAGGAGUCAUGGUAUAAAUAACGCUGAUUUGGUGCGCAAUCUUAAAGCAAAUGGCAUUAUUAAAUCUGAUGCAGUAGCUAAUGCUAUGAACUCUGUGGAUCGUAAGAACUACUGUCCCUAUGCUCCGUACCAUGACUCUCCGCAGUCCAUUGGUUACUCUGCCACCAUCAGCGCUCCACACAUGCACGCCCAUGCACUAGAAAGGCUUAAAAACCAAUUGAUUCCUGGUGAAAAAGCCUUAGACGUUGGCUCCGGCUCUGGAUACUUGACUGCUUGUAUGGCAUUCAUGGUUGGAGACACUGGCCGAGUCAUAGGCAUAGAACAUAUUCCCGAGCUGGUUCAACUAGCUAUAAAAAAUAUUAAGAAAGAUAAUCCUGCGUUGUUGACUUCUGAGCGCAUCAAACUAAUUGCCGGGGAUGGGAGAGUUGGUUACGAAGCUGAAGCCCCAUACAACGCUAUCCAUGUCGGCGCCGCAGCACCCACACUUCCACAAGCUUUAAUAGAUCAAUUGAAGCCAGGAGGAAGACUCAUAGUGCCAGUCGGACCGGAGGGCGGAGAACAACAUUUGACACAGGUGGACAAGGCAGCGGACGGGUCACACACGGUCAAAAAGCUGAUGAGCGUCAUCUACGUGCCUCUGACCGACAAGGAGCGGCAGCACCGUACUUGGCGUUAAAUUCUGAAAUUAAGACGUGCACUACCUUCGUUCCUACUGAACCUAUGACCUGUUUAUCCUCCUUGGACCCUGCGUACAAAUUCUUGUACUUAAUUCACAAUCUAUUUUGAUUUGAACUUUUAAU